GUUGGUUGUAACAUAACACCGACGUAUGUGUACUUCUGUCUGUGUAUACGUGACCUCUUCCUUGAGCCUGUUUUUCAACAAGGAUUUGAGAUAAGGUCUGUUUGGCAAGUCAAUCCUUUUGUUCUGGGUGGCUGACCAUACCCUCCGUUAAUGGUGAUUCUUCUAUCAUCCAAGGAACAACACAUUCCCCAAUAAGGCAACGCCACAGGAUCAUCCUCAUCCUCAUGCUAUGGGCUUCAAUCAACACCACCACAACGCCGCCACAGAUGGCGUCCCACACCGAGUCAACAGCCCUCGAUUCUCUGGCCCAAUGACUCGCCGAGCUCACUCUUUCAAGCGCAACAACAGCAACAGCAACAAUGGCAACAAUCACAAUCACCAUGAGAUCGACGUCCAACUCAACUCACCCAGAUCUGAACUCGCCAAUAGCGCCAUUUCUGUUGAUGGGUCCGAGUCGGUAGUUGAAAAGAAGCAGUCCCACUAUCAUGUGACUCAGAGAGUUCAUGCGAAGAAGCCUAUUGGAUUUGGAUCUGUUGGUAGCGUAGAAUUGGGAUUUGGGUUGAGAGAGAAAAAGAAAUUGGGACAUUGGAUGUUCUUUAUGUUUUGUGGGGUGUGUUUGUUUCUCAGUGUUUUGAAGAUUUGUGCUAAUGGGUGGUUUGGAUCUGCUAUUGAAAGUGUCGGGUCUGAUCAGGAUAUAACUUACGCUUCCUUUCAUCAUGAUCCUUUGGAUCAAAGCUCUCAUGAUAACGAAUAUGGGAAGAGAAGAGAAAGUGAUGUUGGUCUUGAAGGGAGUGAUGUGGAACGAACUCUGAAGACAUUUAUGGUUGAUUAUUCAGGCAUCUGGUCCAGACCCAACAGUGAAAAUUUUACUCAGUGCAUUGACCUUCCAAGAAGUCACAAAAAGUUGGAUGCAAAGACAAAUGGCUUUCUUCUCAUAAAUGCUAAUGGUGGCUUGAAUCAGAUGAGAUUUGGGAUCUGUGAUAUGGUUGCUGUUGCUAAGAUAAUGAAGGCAACACUUGUCCUUCCAUCACUUGAUCACACUUCCUAUUGGGCUGAUGAAAGCGGCUUUAAAGAUAUGUUUGAUUGGCAACACUUCAUUGAGACACUCAAGGAUGAUAUCCACAUAGUCGAGACAUUACCACCAGCCUAUGCUGGAAUUGAGCCCUUCAAGAAGACACCAAUAUCUUGGUCUAAGGUCAGUUAUUAUAAAUCAGAGGUCCUCCCACUUCUGAAGCAGCACAAAGUAUUAUAUUUUACUCAUACUGACGCCCGGCUUGCAAACAAUGGUAUCCGAAAUUCCAUUCAAAAACUGAGAUGCCGUGCAAAUUACAGGGCACUAAAAUAUGCAUCCCAUAUAGAAGAACUUGGAAAGAUCUUGGUUUCAAGAAUGCGACAAAAUGGAAGUCCUUAUCUUGCUCUGCAUCUGAGGUAUGAGAAGGAUAUGCUUGCAUUUACAGGCUGCAGCCAUAGUUUGACUGCAGAAGAAGAUGAAGAGCUUCGUAAUAUGCGAUAUGAGGUCAGCCAUUGGAAGGAAAAGGAGAUUAAUGGAUCAGACAAGAGGCAGCUUGGUGGUUGUCCAUUGACCCCGAGGGAGACUUCCCUUUUGCUCAAAGGGCUUGGUUUCCCAUCCAACACUAGGAUUUAUUUGGUAGCCGGUGAAGCUUAUGGGAAUGGAAGUAUGCAACAUCUCACCGAAGACUUCCCAAAUAUCUUCACCCAUUCGACUCUUUCAACCGAGGACGAAUUGAAACGUUUCCAGAAUCACCAGAACAUGCUAGCAGGUCUGGACUAUGUUGUUGCCCUUCAGAGUGAUGUUUUCGUUUAUACCUAUGAUGGGAAUAUGGCAAAGGCUGUUCAAGGUCAUAGGCGCUUCGAGGAUUUCAAGAAAACUAUCGUUCCGGAUAGGAUGAAUUUCGUUAAACUUGUUGAUGAAUUUGAUGAAGGAAAAAUCUCUUGGAAGAAAUUUAGUUCCAAAGUGAAGAAGCUUCACACAGACCGAGUUGGAGGUCCAUAUCCAAGGGAAGUCACUGAGUUCCCAAAGCAAGAAGAGAGUUUCUAUGCAAAUCCCUUUCCGGGUUGUAUUUGUGAGCGCGAUGAAUAGAUGCCGAAAAAGGUUUGUGCUUUAUUUGAUUCCAUUUCAAAUUCAGUUCCGCUGCAAGAUAGGGUGGAUGGAUCUUAAGAUUUCAUCCCAAGCAAAAUUCAGUGUGAUGUGGAACCAAACACACAAGACAAUCUUCCAUAUGUUGCCCAAUUUGAAGUUCAAUUGCAGAUGUCUAAGGUAUAUACAUCAGGAAAGUACUGGGUUCAGGAGCAUCGAGCGGGUUAGGUCUCUCUCUUUCCGCGUAAUGACACUUAAAAAAGAGUGAGGUAGAAGUUUUUUGACCCAACUUGUAUGCAGUUUGAAUAAUCAACUAAAACACGAGGGGGUUAAUGCUGAAAGAUCUAUAUUUUACUUUUAAAUACGAAAUACUCCUAUACCACAGUGAUUUUAAGGUGAGUAUCUCUCAAGCUGCUCUUCCUUC